AUGUCCCAUCACCUAGUAACAGUAUGCAUGUUCUGCCUAUUAUGCGCAGCGCACACCUGCGGCUCGCACAUAGACAUACAAAAAGACGGUAUCCUAACUUACGACUCAAAUAUCAAAGAUGUGGACCAUCUGAAUAUAGACUUAGAAGAAAAAAGAAAAUUGUCACCAAGAUAUCAUCAGAAAUUAUUGAAGAUCAGACAAGGGAGGGCGAAAAGGGAAACCAAGAUUAAUCCAGACACAUAUAUAAAGCAAAUAUUUCGAUUGUAUGGAGAUGCAAGUACAAUGACAAUGAAUUUAACAGGAUUUAAUAGGAUGCUGGAUAAACUGCAGCUGGAUAAAUUAAUUAUGGGUGGACCGAAGAUCGAUGGGAAAAGAUACUUCCACGGAGAGAAAGAGACCACGUAUAAUUGCAUGAACAGUUCAGAUCUAGUUACAACAGUGAACACACGGUUACAACCUCACGAGGAUCUCGCACACUCCCACGCACAUGAUCACGAACACGAGCACUUAUUUGAUGCAGAUCAUGAUGCAGAACCAAUCGUAUCAGAAUCAACACUUCAAAGCAUAUGCCCUAUACUCCUGUACCAGAAAGUAGCAGACAAUUCUUUAGAAAGUACAGGAUGUGUCAUAGAAAAAAAUAUAGGGACGAGAACAGAAACAAACUUGAAACAUGUUGAUAAGGAGUUUGGAGAGAAAAAUAUGUAUGCUGUAUGGUUGUACUCAUCCCUCAGUAUAUUUGCUAUUAGUGCGUGUGGUCUUUUAGGAGUAGCCGUCAUUCCCAUCAUGCAUAAGACAUAUUACAAUCAUCUUCUACAAUUCCUAGUCGCAUUAGCUGUUGGUACGUUGUGUGGAGAUGCCUUACUCCAUCUUAUGCCGCAUGCAAUGAGUCCAGUUCACGAUCACCAUAAUCCUCAUGGCACUGAAGUAGACACGAGGGAAUCACACGAUUCUGGAAUGUGGAAAGGUUUGGCAGCUAUGCUUGGAGUAGUCUUCUUCUAUUUCACUGAAAAGGGCCUAACUGUUGUCGUGGAGUGGAGGAAACGUCGUCAGAAGCUCGAGGAAGAUAAACUACCUUCAAGAGUUCGUGUCUUGAAAGAUGAACCUGGUGGAGGAUGUUCAGGUUCGAAGGCAUCUAAUUCUACAUCGAAUACUCUGAUGAAGAUAUUCAAGAAGGAUGAGAAGGGGGAUCCUACUACAAAGACUUGUAAACAUAAGUAUUCAGAGUAUCCGUAUUGUUAUGAUGAAAUUGAUACGGACACGCACGAUGACCAUCAUUUGAGAGAUGGGAUCCCAUCCAGUCCAAAGCAUUCGAAGAAGCAUAAUAAUUCUGUCAGUGUGGUUUCUUCAAAUGCCCUGAAUAAUGCUGAGGCAAAAGAGGAACCCACAGCAAAGGACUGGCUGCUGAAGGGUGAAGGGGCUUCUGUGGUUGAGAUGAACAAUAUGAAGCAUAAGGAUGAUGGAAAUAAGGAUCUGAAAGACGGUGACAGCUAUACUGUCAUUUUGAGGGAGCACUCCAGAGCCCACCACGGCCACUCCCACGCACACGGGCACGUCCAUGCGCCGCCUUCGUCUAUUGCGUCUGUUGCGUGGAUGGUCAUCAUGGGUGAUGGGCUACACAAUUUCACUGAUGGAAUGGCGAUAGGUGCUGCCUUUGCUUCAAACAUAGCGGGUGGUUUCUCGACGGCCAUUGCUGUGUUAUGUCACGAAUUACCCCACGAAUUAGGUGACUUCGCCGUCCUGCUGAAGGCCGGCAUGUCGGUGAAGCGCGCGGUGUGCUACAACAUCCUGUCGUCGGGGCUGUGCCUGGCCGGCAUGGUGGCGGGCGUGCUCGCCGGCCACGCGCCCUCCGCCACGCGCUGGCUCUUCGCCGCCGCCGCCGGCAUGUUCCUCUACAUCGCGCUGGUCGACAUGAUGCCUGAACUGAGCACUUCACAUAGCAAUGAAGGCACCCUCUGCCAGUGCAUACUGCAGCUAAUGGGCCUCGCCACGGGGAUCGGCAUAAUGCUGGUCAUCGCUCUGUACGAGGAGGACCUGAAAACAUUAUUUGGCUAA